AUGGAAAAGUUGGACGACCAACACUACGUCUUACCUAGACGAGACUACACCACACUUCAAGGAAGCUACCUCAUUACGAUUCCCGUUGGCUGUCAUCUUAAAACUACAGAGUUCACCAUCACCAAUGACAACGACGAAAUAAGAGGACAACCUCUGAAGCUGACAGAAAUCCCAUCUGACACAGAGAAGCAAAUCAGGAUAGCAUCCCACAUCAACUUGAACUCCAUUGACCUGCAAGGACUACACAGACUCCAGGACAAGAUCACUAUGGAAGCCCCGAUCAAUAUCACCGACAUCCCACUCGACGUAUAUCACACAACCAUCCCAUUUUAUGUGAUACUGCUUGCAUCGAGUAUACUUGCAAUCUUCAUCGCAUACCGGCGCUUCAACAAGAAAAAAAAAGAUAGCCAGACUAAAAAGAAGGAAGAGCAUCCAGCACCUUCCGGAGAUCAGCAACAUCAUGACGCGAUCCCGGCAACAUUUUCACUCAACGUGAUAAAAUAGUUGCCGUUCUAAGGGGGGAGGAAUUACGCUGUCGCCCAGUAUGAAGAUCGCUCGCUGACUUGCUGCCCUACAUU